GUAUAUAUAUAUAUGUUAUUUUAACUUCCAUGUCAACUUCCUCAUCAGGUAUCAACCUCCUCGCUCAGAAACAACACUCGCUUCCAACAACACUAUUGCACAUAGGUCUAGACAGUAUGAUACUGCAAGGCAAGCCAUCUCAUAUCAUUUCAACAAAGUUCCCUUCUCCAAUACAGUUACCACCUUCCCACCUGAUUCCUUCGCAGGCAAGAUUAAAACCACCACGAGUUAUUUCCAUUUCAGCUCCUGAUAACGCCCAUAUCUCCAGCCAUGUUACCUUCUUAGAACCUAUCGAUGACGUAAUAGCCGCGUUUUGGGACUAUCAGUUUUUAUUUGUGUCACAACGUUCCGAAACUGUUGAACCAGUAACCCUUCGGCUCGUGGAAGGUGCAGUGCCCUCGGACUUCCCUUCCGGCACUUAUUAUCUAACCGGUCCGGGUCUUUUCACCGAUGACCAUGGGUCCACAGUGCACCCUUUGGACGGUCAUGGAUAUCUUAGGGCGUUUAGUAUUGACGGAGUUGACGGUGAGGUUAAGUUCAUGGCUAAGUACGUGAAAACCGAGGCAAAGGUGGAGGAGCAUGAUCCAGAGACUAACACGUGGAGGUUUACGUAUCGGGGCCCGUUUUCUGUAUUGAAAGCGGGUAAAAUAGUUGGAAAUACAAAGGUAAUGAAAAAUGUUGCGAAUACUAGCGUGUUAAGGUGGGGUGGAAGGUUACUGUGCUUGUGGGAAGGCGGGAAUCCUUAUGAGAUUGAAUCCAGCACGUUGGAUACCAUUGGGAGGUUUGAUAUGAUUGACGGAUGUGAUUUAACGAUGGACGGUAAACAAAAUGGCGGUGAUAUUUGGGAUUUAGCUGCGGGUUUAUUGAAACCGUUGUUAUACGGGAUGUUCAAGAUGCCACCAAAGAGAUUAUUGUCUCAUUAUAAGCUUGACGGCAAAAGGAACAGGCUUAUAACUAUGUCAUGCAAUGCAGAGGAUAUGCUUCUCCCUCGCAGCAAUUUUACAUUUUAUGAAUAUGAUCAGAAUUUCAAGCUGUUGCAAAGACAAGAGUUCAAUAUCCCUGAUCAUCUGAUGAUACAUGACUGGGCAUUUACAGAUACUUAUUACAUAUUAUUCGCUAACCGCAUUAAACUCGAUGUCAUGGGAUCAAUGGCGGCAGUUUGUGGGUUAUCUCCAAUGAUAUCGGCAUUGUCAGUGAACCCUAGCAAGUCCAUCUCUCCUGUAUAUUUGCUUCCUCGAUUUCCUGACAAACUAUUUAGCCGUCGAGACUGGAGAGUGCCUGUGGAAGCACCUUCACAAAUGUGGCUACUUCACGUUGGAAAUGCUUAUGAGGCUAUAGAUGACAAUGGAAAUUUAAAGAUCCAAGUUCAUGCUUGCAGCUGCUCCUAUCAGUGGUUCAAUUUCCAGAGAAUGUUUGGAUAUGACUGGCAAAAUGGUCGGUUAGACCCUUCUAUCAUGAACGUUCAAGAAAACAAGUUAUUGCCCCAUAUUGUAGAGGUGUCCAUCGAUUUGGGUGCUAAUGGGGACCACCAAAAAUGUAAUGUGCAACCUUUGAUUCAGUGGAGCAAACCUGCAGAUUUUCCUGUUAUUAAUCCAGACUUUUCUGGGCAAAAGAACAAAUAUGUUUAUGCAGCAACUUCUUCUGGGUCUCGCAGAGCAUUGCCGCAUUUCCCUUUUGAUACGGUGGUGAAGUUGAAUGUAUUAGAUAAUUCUAGGCAUACAUGGUACGUUGGUGCUCGGAGUUUUAUCGGUGAGCCCAUAUUCAUUCCCAACGGAUGCGAAGAAGAUGAUGGGUACCUCCUUGUGGUAGAGUAUGCGGUUGCAAGACAGAGGUGCUAUCUUGUCAUUCUGAAUCCAAAGAGGAUUGGGGAAGCCAAUGCAGUGGUAGCAAAACUGGAGGUCCCCAAGCAUUUCAAUUUUCCACUAGGUUUUCAUGGAUUCUGGGCUCAUGGUGUUUGAUUGAAGCAAAUGUUAUAAAUUGCAAUAAGUUUUGUUAACUUGUAUAUAGAUGCAUGUGAGAAGUUGUUCAAGGUUUUCAUUAAUUGUAUACUGAAAUUCUCAGUUAGAUUAAGUAACGGAAAAUGAAGCAAAAAGGAAAUGAUUUUCUUUUAUCA